CCAGAAAUGAUACUUCCAUCUCCAUCCCCCCUUCCCCAAUGCCAGAUCACAUCCACCAGCUUCGCUCCUUCAACCUAACACUACUAUGACCCUCAUCUCCAUCGCCAUCACCUCGGACCCCGUGUGUCCAUGGUGCUAUAUCGGUUACCGCCGUCUUACCAAAGCCAUCCACCUCUAUCAACGAACUUACCCCGGAGGCAGCCACGAUGAUAUCCGCAUCACCUGGAAACCUUACAUUCUCGACCAUGAUGCCCCAAUGCAGAGUAUAUCAUACCUUGACCGCAGGACCCAGAAACUUGGCCCCGAGAAAGUGGCCACCUCGCAAGCCCACCUGCAACGAUUAGGGAUACUGGACGGAAUUCAGUUUCGAUUUGGAGGUCGAAUUGGGAGUACCCUUCGUGCACACCAGGUAAUCUUGUUGUGUGAGAGAUAUGAUGUGGAGGAGGGUACGGAUUAUACGACGGCUGUUGUGGAGGGUUUAUUUCGGGCGCAUUUUGAGGAGGAGCGGGAUAUUACAGAUGUGGAGACACUGGUGAAGAUUGUGGAAGAGAUAGUGAUGAUGGGGGUUGGAUUGGAUGAAGGAAGGGUUCGAAGCUGGUUGGAAACAGGGCAGGGGGUGGGGGAGAUAGAGGAGAUGGCGGGGAGGGCGAGGAGUGAGGGGAUUCACGGUGUGCCGUGGUUUCGCAUUGGUGGGGAAAAUGCAAAGGAAGAGACAGCGGUGGCAUUAAAUGGUGCACAAGAUGUUGGAGAGUUCUUGCAAGCUCUAAUCAGGUGUGAGGGGGCAAGGUCGGUUGUGAGUGGGGGAAGAGGUGAGGUUUGCUGACCUGGAUCCGGGAAAUAUAUGCAUCUUGACUACAGUUGCAAAAAAUGCCCGGGGCUGGACUAGUGGAUGGACUCCC